UAUAGCCCACAAGAUGCGGGUGCCUAUUUUCCUUAUUUCAGUGAUUUCCAUUUUAUUUUCUACAUCCGUUGCUCAGAAUUGUGGAAAACUCGAUGAGAAGCAGUUCAAGAACAAAAGUCCCACAACGGAGCUGAAUGAGCAUCCGUGGAUCGCUCGGAUCGAGCACACUGAGAAAAAUGGGGAUCGAACCUGGGGCUGUGUUGGCGUCCUCAUAGAUGCCCGUCGGGUUCUAACUGCAGCUCACUGCGUUUCGAGAUCUUCUGCUGAAGUAACCGCCGUGAUAUUUGGCGACUGGGAUGGCAGCAAUGAUUACGCCGAUCCCGAUUGCAAUCGUGAGGGACUCUGCACUCCUGUACCCCAGCGCGUGGCUGUGGGUGAAGUCGAAGUUAACCGAAAUUACUCGCCUGAGAAGGUCCAAAAUGACCUGGCCAUAAUCACACUGGCGAAGGACGUGGAGUUUAGCGACUAUGUCCAACCCAUCUGCCUACCUCCGGUCGAGGCCACUAGAGGCGAGAUUCCCAAUGCAGAUCUGAUAGUUGCAGGCUUCGAAAGACCACCGCUCAGGGAGAGGGGAGAAGUCAAUCUCAUAAAGGAGCGCAUAAAGAUGCCAUUUACAAGGACUAGUGGUGAGGAGUGCCACAAGCAGUUAGCUCAGUUUCCGGCGGAACUCAUCUGCGGCAGCACUGACAGAGACCCGCUUUCCGGUAGUGCUUUGGUAGAGGCUUCUGGCACUCCUCGAAAGUAUCACUUAACUGGAGUUGCAGUGGCAGGCUUUUACUCCAAAUCCUUGAAAACAGAUUUCCAAGGCUAUGUAAAUAUUCGAUCCCAUUUAAGUUGGAUAAAUCCUUCAUCUAAAACAUCCCGGUAAAGUUUAAAGAAAUUUUCUGAUGUUU